AUGCUUCUAAAGUUCACGGCAACUGGAGAUUUUCUCCGUCCUUUCAUUAAUCUACUUCAAGCCACGACAAAACAAGGGGUGGUGCUGUUUUUCCAACCACUUGAUAAUGUGUUGGUUCUUCGCACGGUGGGGCCAAACAGUACCUUGUAUUUAGUUGCUAGUGUUGGCACGGAACAUUUCCAUGAGUAUCGUUAUGACAAAGGGGAUGCUACUGCGGACUCAUUUGCGGUCGAUGGUAUUUUAGAGGCGGGGAAGGACUCUUCAGCAGAAGUUAACAACAUGGAACAUCAUGUUCCUGUUUUGAGUAGAGCGUUACUUGCCACAGUGUUGCGGCAACCGCAGGGCCUUCACUUGAUUAGUGUUCAGUAUAGCUCUAGAGACGGUGAUGGUAUUUCUAAGGAUGUGAUGCAGUGGGAAUGCGUUUGUGGGGAUGGAAUUGUAAAGGUGUUUAUGUUGCCGCUAGUGCGAGAGAAACUGGAGCGGGCGUAUGUUAACCCUGAAAGGUAUGUUUUUGACGCGUGUGCGUCUGCGAAAACGUGGGGUCACUUCUUGCGGCACCUACCAGGAUCGCAAUUCAUUGUUGUUCAACCACAUGAUACACAUCUUGAGCUUCUGGUGAUGAAUUGUUCGGAGGCCGCCGGACACGAAGUUGACUCGAAGGUGCUAGUUCGACAGGGGGAUUUACUUUUUAUGCGCCGGAUACACCGAGCAACAGAAGGUAAUGAUGAUGGAUAUUCGUUAUUACCCGGCAAAUACGCAGAACUUAAACCCCUCAAGCAUAUUUGUCUCUUGGCCGAUCAACUUGGUAUGAUGAUCCGCCUGCGCUCUGCCAUGGGGGGCGUUCCCCUCUUCGUGGAAACACUUACAAUGCAAGAAGCUCAGUCCCUGAAGGCUGGAGGUGCUCCAACGGUCUCAAUGGAUACCGUGAUAGAUACUACGGCACCCGAUUUGUAUAAUCGAGGCAUGGCACCCAUAAGCAGUUCUCUCCGAAUAAGAUACGCGGUGUACAUUCCCGCAAUCGACAUUUGGCCAUCAUCCGCGGAUAGUUUCGACGCGCCGACAGAUGGUGGUCGCCGCUCGGUUGCCUCCACAGCAACAAGUCACAGAGAUAGUCGCGAUUUGACUAACAUAGCGUCGCCGCGUGGAUCUGUUGGGCUUCCUCAAGCAGAUCCAUGUCUCGGCUGUGCUGAAACCCCGGUAGCAAGUGCAACAACCGCAGUCAAUGGGGUAACAUCUGCCCCAUUGCCGACGGGUUUGCAUUUUGGUACAAACCAAGUGGGUACAGGCGGUGGACUCAACCCGCAGACAUUGGCUAGCCCAACACCUGCUCCACUUACUUCAGGUUAUUCUGUGGGGUCCCCUGUGAUUUCAGCGCAGUCAGCUCCAUCGUAUGACCCUCCCCCCUCGGGAGUUGUGAUCGACGGUAACAUGAUGAUGGUGAGGUCAACAUUUCAGGUAGGCAACUCCGUUGGUUCGGAACAUACUAACUAUAAGCGCUCUCGUGACAACGUGACGUCUGAAAGGUCUUCUGCGUUGCCCUUUUCACUCAGUGAGAGGGUACCGUGUACCGAUAAUUUUGGUCCCCAACCCAUCGAACAGCGCGGGCACGAAUCGACAACUUGGAGCACACUGACGCCGGAAAGACGCAGCUCCUUUCAACUCAAUCACGAUGAACAGUCGAAAUUGCCUCCCAUGGGAAGCAGGCAGCUUCCACUCGACGCACGGUACCCUUUGGAUUUUAACGCUUAUGUGCUGGAGUUGGACGAGGGCCGGUGUGAAGAUGACUUGGAUGAAGAUGAUGAGGAUCUGCAGCGCUUCCUUGAUAGUUGCGCCUCAGUGCUUGUUGUCCCCCAAACACAGAGUUACUAA